GGGUAUCGGUGCGGCUAGACUUAGAUGCUGUGAAACAUGGCAGGAUGGGAGUUGUUAAAGCUCUUAUUGGAUGAUGUUCAAGAACAUUCCACACUUAUUGGGAAAGUCUGGCUGACUGUACUUUUUAUCUUCAGAAUAUUUAUUCUGAGUGUUGCUGGUGAGUCAGUUUGGACUGACGAGCAGUCAGAUUUCAUCUGUAACACUCAGCAGCCUGGCUGUACCAAUGUCUGUUAUGAUCAGGCCUUUCCUAUUUCACAUGUUCGCUACUGGGUGCUCCAAUUUCUCUUUGUUAGCACACCUACCUUGAUCUACUUGGGUCAUAUGGUUUACCUGUCUAAGAAGGAGGAGAAGGAAAGACAGAAGGAGAAUGAGGCAAGCGAAGGACAGACAGAAGUACGUUCUUUUACUUCUAAGAAGAUAAGGAUUCAAGGGCCCUUAAUGUGUACCUACACCACCAGCGUAAUCUUCAAAAGCCUUUUUGAAGCUGGGUUCCUUCUCGGCCAGUGGUACUUAUAUGGCUUUGUGAUGUCUCCAAUAUAUGUAUGUGAACGGAUCCCAUGCAAACACCAAGUUGAGUGUUUUGUCUCAAGGCCUAGAAAAAACAAUAUUUAUCAUAUUUAUGCUGGUCGUUUCUCUCAUUUCUCUAAUGUUAAAUUUGAUGGAGCUUAUUCACUUAAGCUGUAAGUGUUUCCACCAUAGUGUAAAGGAAGGAGCAACUUGUCCUCAAACAGGGGUUCCCUUGCAUGGGUUAGGAAACAGACUACCACCACAGGAAUACAUCAAUCCCCCUCCUAGCAACCAAGACAUUGAUCUGCCAGCUUAUAACAAAAUCCCUGGGGGGCAGAAUUGGUCAACUAUCCAGAUAGAACAGCAAGCGAAUGGUCUUUUGAAACCCAAGUGUCAGUGUGACUGUUGGUCCCAAAGUGCUAUUUCUGUUGUGGUUUCUGGAGCACCAGGUAUAGUCCCCAAUUUGGAUGCUAUCAAAAGUAAUCACCAGACCUCUUCCAAGCAGCAGUAUGUUUAAUAAAAUAGUUUGAUAGUUCCCUUUCAAAUAUGAAAUUGUGUCAAGAAAGAACACUGCCUCCACUAGGCUUGACCUGUUCAUGUUGGUCUAAGUUAUACUAUACUAUAAAUUAUAAUUAUUAAACUAUAACUAUACUAUAAAUACUGUUAGAAAAAAGUAUAAUCUGUGUUCUAUAUGAUCCCUUGCUGCUGCUAUUGUGCACUAACUUUGAUUUCAGUGUUGUUAGGCACAGAUCCAUAGAUCCAAGUUCGUGUGUUGAGUCUCUAUAAAUGUGGAUGAAUCUGUGAUUUGGGGGGGGGGGGGGAAGGGGGAGAAGGAAUGUUGUUUUUGCACUCUAAGCUGAUAAAUGUCUAAACACAAAUUCAGCAUGUAUUGAUAAAAGAAAUAAAAUAUGAGCACUAUUAAAUUAUUUACAGUUU